AUGAUUUAGAAAUUCAAAGAGGGCUUGAAAUCAAUAGAUAUAUUUGGUUAAUCUAUAAACCUUAGUUUUCGUAAAGAAGAAUAGUACAAAACAAGUAUGGGAGGUUUUUUAUCCAUUUGUAUAAUUGGAACAAUUAUUAGCUUUUUUUAUUCGAACAUAAUCAAUUUUUUUGCAAAAUUGAAUGUGACUUCUACCUAAGAAUUUACAUUCGCAGAUGACCCUGAUAUUUUGAUCUUAAAUCAGGAACACUUUAUGUUCGCGGUUCAGAUUGAACAGGAUAAUUUUACAACGAAUCCUUAUUUUAAUAUCAGUGUUGAAUAGCGUCAUUAUUAUCGUUUUCCUAAUGGUACUUAAUUUCGCUACCCUAAUUAAUAUAUUGAUUUAGUACCAUGUACCCUUUAACAUUUCCAACCAUUAUUUGAAAGGUACAGUGUAGAUUUUCGAGAACAAUUCGAACAAUAAAAUUUAUAAAAUUUCUUAUGUCCUAAUCUCAACUUUGUUCAUAGUCUUAAUAUGACUGUUGGUGGAGUAUGGGCAAGUAGUGAUUAUUACUUCUUAAAAUUUUCUGUUACUAAUUGUAGAGAUUCAUCAUAAAAUAAUUUUACUUGGAAACCAAUAUGUAAAACUUCAGAAGAAAUUUAGAAUACAUUAAAUAGAUAAGGAAGCUUUCGUUUUUAAGUGUAUACAACAAAUUUUGUAUAUUUAUCUAUUUUAAUUUAGUUAAUAAAUCCAAACAGACCUAAAGAUCAUGUUUAGCCUUAUCUAGCCGUUGAUCAAUUUUAUACUUUUGUUCCAGAUAAAAUGUUCGUUCAAUCUGAUAUUUUUUUUAGAACAAAAAAAGUUACAACUGAUAAAGGAAUACUAAUGUAUCCUGAUAAAUAAAAUGAAACAUUUGCUUUUAGAGAUUAUGGAGAUUAAAGAGAGUAAUUUGAAAUAUCAAGAAUAACUCCAAAUUAUUAUGGAGCAUUUUAUUUUUAAAGAAGCCCUUAUUCUUAUUACAUCAAUAGAAAAUUUUUAAGACUCGAUGAAUUACUUAGUUAUUUAGGAGGAUUUACAUAAUUUAUGAUUGUAGUUGUGGGUAUCAUAGUUAGAUUCUAUAAUCGAUAACAUUUAAUUGUAUCUAUUGCUAAUGAUUUAUAUGAAUUUGAUAUGAGUUCGGCUAGAUAAAAUACUUAAAUGCAUCUAAAUAACCUAUUAGCUAGAACUGAGAGAGGUAAAGAAAUGUUGAAAAGCAAAAUGUCAAAAAAAUUUGAAACUAUUCCAAAAAUUCAAACAAUAACAGCUUUUCAAAAUAAACCAGAAAUGUUAUAAAAAGCUACUCCUUUAUAAAAUAAUAGAUAAAAUUUUGAUAAGAAACAGUCUAUAGAAAUCUUUUAAAAUACUCAAUAAGUUGUAUAAUCAAGAUUAUCAGCAGUGAAAGCUAAAACAUUAUAAUAUUUUGAUGAUUUUAAAGAAUUUUUGAAAAAGAAAUAUGUGAUAGGUUUAGGUUUCCGAGUUAUUUUAAGUUCUUUCAUUCCAAUAGAAUCUUUAAAAGAUGAUGAUUGUCUAGUUUUGUAAAGAGCUAUGUAAAAAAUCAUUUAUUACUUUAAGUGAUUAAGUUAAUAAAGAAUUAGAUAUUGAGUAUAUUAUCAAACAACUUCAUGAAUUAACAAAAUUAAAAAAGAUUUUAUUCACUUCCGAAUAAAUAACAUUAUUUAAUUUUAGCCGUAAGCCAAAAAUAGCUUUAAUCUAAGAUAAAAGUAAGAGAAGGUCUACAAGGUAAAAUUCUUCAAUUUUAUAUAGAUGUAUUGUAGAUGGAAUGGCAACAGCGGAGGAUUGUGGAAUGAUGAGACAAUUUACUGAUCUUCUAAAUUCAUAUGAAAAAAUAACUGGUUCAGAACAAGAAAAUUAAAAUUAAGAAUAGAUUCGAUUCAAUUAAAGACUCAUUAUAUUAUUAGGCCCUGAAUUAAUGAAGGUAUUGGAAAAAGAGUUAAGUGCUUAAUAACAAUAACAAGUAGAAUCUGAAAACAAUGAACCAAAAGAAGAAGAAAACUUAUUUAGCGAUAGAGAAAUUUAAGUUGUCUAGCAACAUUGA